UACAGCAAUUGACAACCAACCAUAGUUCGAUAGCACGCACGCAGUCUCGUAUGCAGUGAGGAUCAAAAAAGAUAAAACCCCUGAAAGUAGCUAAAAACAGAAUAGCAACACAUUCUUCAACGUAAGCUUCCAAUUUGUCGACCCUGAAACCAUUUCAAGGACAAAUUCAUUCGAUUGCCUACAGAUAUGAAGACACAAGUGAAGACUCUGUAAGACUGUAUUUGAAGAGGGGUAAGAGUAGUAAUUGAGGAUGAAUGCAGGCGUGUGUUCAUACCCUCACACACAUGGCCCUUCCAUAUGCAGAAGAUGCAUUCUUCAAUCUCACACUUCGAACUUGAGGAAAGCGCAGGUUGUGAGAGUGAGUUCGAGUCUCCACCAAGUGCCUCAGUUUGUGGCCCCUGCAGCAGUGCAGGGCUUCAUCAACAGGGCAGAGGCCUUGCUUUACACGCUCGCCGAUGCAGCUGUAGCCACCCAAGCCGCUACCUCCACCGACACCUCCACUGCUACCGCCACCGAAAGCGUUCAAAAGCAGAGCGGGGACUGGUUUUCAGGGAUUACGAAUGUACUCGAAGGUUUCUUAAAGGUUCUCAAGGAUGGACUUGAAGCUAUUCAUAUUCCUUAUGCAUAUGGAUUUGCAAUUAUUCUGCUUACUGUUCUUGUUAAAGCAGCUACGUUUCCUUUAACUAAACAGCAGGUUGAAUCAACAAUGGCGAUUCAGAAUCUACAGCCCAAAAUAAAAGCCAUUCAACAGAAGUAUGCUGGGAAUCAGGAAAUGGUUCAACUCGAGACUGCCAAACUAUACAAGCAAGCCGGUGUAAAUCCAUUAGCAGGAUGCUUACCAACACUAGCAACCAUCCCUGUUUGGAUUGGUCUGUAUCGGGCUCUGUCAAAUGUAGCAAAUGAGGGUCUGUUGACAGAAGGUUUCUUUUGGAUCCCCUCUCUGGCUGGUCCUACCACUAUUGCGGCUCGACAAAAUGGGAGUGGGAUCUCAUGGCUCUUCCCAUUUGUGGAUGGGCAUCCACCUCUAGGAUGGUCAGACACUUUGGCUUAUCUUGUUCUGCCGGUGCUGUUAAUUGUCUCUCAAUACAUAUCAACGCAGAUCAUGCAGCCUCCUCAGGCUAAUGAUCCGAACCAGAAAAGUACUCAGGCUAUAUUAAAGUUUCUUCCACUUAUGAUUGGUUAUUUUUCUCUUUCCGUGCCAUCAGGACUAAGUCUUUAUUGGCUUACAAAUAACAUUUUAAGCACGGGACAGCAAGUGUGGCUCCGAAAGUUAGGUGGUGCAAAACCUGUUGUAGAUAAAGAUUUUGAUGUAAUAAAAAGCAUGGAAGAGUUGACAACCCCCAAAUCCCAGCUUGUAGCUAAUGCAAAUAAGCCACCAAAAGCUGAGCUUGUUGCUGAUCCGAAUAAACCUCGUCGUGGUGACAGAUUUAAGAAUCUAAAGGAAGAGGAGUUAAGGAGAAAAAGAGAGAGAGAAGAGGCAGCAAGAAAGCAGGCAAACACAACUUCUAAAGCUUUGGAUACUGUAAAAAAUGACAAUGUGCAUAACACACAAGCAGGAGAGAAACCUCAGAUUAUAGAUUCAUUACCAGGGAGUGAUGAUGUAUGCAUUGAAGAUGAAGCCAAGAGUAGAGAACAAGUAUCAAACUCCUCUGCUGAAAAGGAAGGUUUAGGAGACGGCCUGUUCAUUGACAAUGGCAAUGGAAAAGGAGCAACAUCAGUAAAUUCAACCCAAAAUAAAAACAAACAGUCAAAGCAAAAGGGUGCAGCCUAAUACUAUUUAACUUGACCAUCAUGUUCUUCCUAUAAACUGUUGGAGCUAAGGAAUUUGACCACACGUUUUAGAGAAAUUGAUAUCAAUUAAAAGGCUGCAUUGUAGCUUGACUAUUUGAUAUCAUCUCAACUAGAAUGUGGUAAUCUGUCAGGAUAGCUCUGUUAAACUCCCUCUGAAUAUCCCUCAUGUAAGAUUUUUUCUUUUUCCCAAAAAGUGGGGAUAUGUAAUUUAUUGGAUGACACAUCAUAAAUUAUCUAACAUCAGUUGCAGAUUCUCUAAAUUCUUUUUAAAAAAGUCCAAAUUUACAUCGUGAGGUUAACCCUAUUAUUUUAGUUUGGGAGUUUGUUUUGAUGCAUAGAAGAGCUUUUCUUGUAAUCUGAACAUUUCCAGCAUUUGAGUUUUCUUUGAAUA